UAAGUAAUUAUCUGGACUGUGGAUUUUUUCUCUGUUCUCUGCAUAUCGUUUAUGAAAUCCCAGGCACAGAAUGCUAGAACCUUACAAACAGCUGAACAAAUUUUAAAUGCAUUAAAAACGUUGCCUAUGAAGACAUCUUAUUCUUUACAUAUCCUUUUAUUUAGGGAAGUCUGGUUACUAAAGGACAUGGAAAACCGGACAUUUCUAUACCUGUUACUGGACAAGGUGCAGUCCAAUUCUUCAGUCAUCAGUAAGAUCUGGAUGAGAGCCUUGUUUAUAUUUAGGAUCCUGAUUCUGGCAACAGCAGCUGAAAUGGUCUGGGCAGACGAGCAGCCCAGAAUUGUGUGCAAUACACAACAACCUGGUUGUGAUAUUGCCUGUUAUAACUACUUCAUCCCCAUCUCUCCGAUUCGCUACUGGAUCAUUCAGGUAAUUGUCGUGUCCAUGCCGACAUUACUGUACCUGUGCCACGUCAUCCAUGUUGUCCACAAAGAGAACACCCAGCGAGAGAGAAUUAAACAAAAGCAUGAUGGUGAAACCAAAGACAGUUCCACAUACAUACCUAAGAACGGUCAAGGGAAUAUCCAGUACAACCUGUUUGCGAGCUCCUUUACUCGUGUUUUUUUCAAGAUCGUCUUAGAGCUCGCUUUCAUCACGGGUCAUUACUACCUAUACGGCUUGUUCAUGAGGCCUCAGUUUAGCUGCCGUCAAAAUCCAUGUGUUUUCAUAGUGGAUUGCUUCAUGUCACGUGUAACGGAAAAGAACAUCUUCAAUAUCUUCAUGUUAGUGAUAGCAUGUGUGUCCCUGCUGCUCAGUGUGAUCGAGGUCUUUUACCUGCUCUGCAGUGACACGCACUCUUUUUCUGGAAAGCGGGGAAUGAGAACAUCUACCGAAAAUAUCAACAGUUUAUAAUGGCAGCCUAUAAACUGGAGCAUCUUAGAUCUGAAUUUCCUCCAGAGCAAAACAAAAUGAAUUAAAAUCACAGGUUUUUUUUUGUCAUGUUAUUAAAUACUUUCAUGAAUUUAUGGCAACACCUGUAUACUGUAAGAAUGUUAUGCAAAAUAUAUAUAUAAUUUUAAAUUUCUAAUAUUAUUUGUCACAUAUAUGAACAUAGACAGUAUGACAUGUAGUGAAAUGUAAUAUAAAAUUUGUAAGUAAACACAAACAUAAAUAUAUAAGAAAAAUCAACAUAGAUCUGUAAAUCUAAAUAUAAAAGACACAAUAAAGAUAAAUAAAAAAAUAAAAAUUAAACAUAUCUGUACUUUCUAUUAUUGGCACCCCUCAAAUUUUUCCUGAAAAUGAAGUAUUUCUCAUAGAAAAUAUUGCAAUUACACGUUUUGCUAUACACAUGUUUAUUUCCAUUGUGUGUAUUAGAGCAACACGCACACAUUCAAAAAACACGAUAUAUGGUAUAUGGUAUAUACAGGAAUAUGAUAACAGGUUUUGUUUAUUUAAAUCUUUUUGCCUGACCCAAAAAUUUUUUUUUGCAGUUUGGUUUAUUUAUCAGUUGCAAUAAAUCUCGUUAGCACUUGCAA